UCAUCAUUGGACAGCAGCCCCUCCUCAGUCAUCUUUAAAAGCCGCUGGAAACACGCGGAUAGACACAUUUACCUGCAGCUGAAGACCGAGCAAACAUGUUCUGCAGACGGGCAUGGCAGAGAAUCGGGCCUCUGGCACGGAGUGCCCUUAAACCUACAUCCAGAAACGUUCCAGUGCGACACAUGGCCUUUGGGGUCCCAGGUGGCUCCACCAACAUGGCGUACUUUGUUCUCUGUGGAGGAGGCCUCACUGCUGCAGUCGUCUAUGCCUACAAGGCAGUCAACGGUGAGGCCAGCACAGGCUCAGCAGCAAAAGCUCCAGAAGAAGCAGCAGCUCCUGCACCAGAAGCAGCAGCUCCUGCACCAGAAGCGCCAGCCCCAGAAGCACCAGCUCCUGCAGCUGAACCCGCCCCAGUGGAAGAGGCAGCACCAGCCGCUGAAGUCGUUGCCGAGUCUGUCCCUGCUCCUGCAGAACCCGUAGCUGAGCCAGUGGCUGAGCCCGUAGCAGAGACUGCUGCUGAACCUGUCGUUGAGGCCGUGGCUGUGGCUGAAGAAGUACCUGCCGUGGUCGCCGAAGUGGUUGUUGCUGAGGCUGCAGCUGAGCCAGCAGUUGAGCCAGCCGUCGUAGAAGUUGUUGCAGUCGUAGAAGAAGCUGCUGCACCUGUCGUGGCAGAGGCAGUCCCUGAAGCUGCUCCAGCCCCUGUGGAAGUUGCUGCUGCAGAGGUGGCACCAGCAGAAGCUCCAGCAGCUGAAAGCUCUGGUACGGCACCAGUAGAUGAAGCCCCUCCUGCUCCUCCUGCUGAGGCAGAGACUGGCUCUGCAGCCCCUGAGGCUGAGGCUGCCCCUGCUGCAGAGGUGGCGGCAUAAAGCUGUGAUAGCAAGCUAGUUUGCCCAGACAGGAGGGCUGGGGGUUAGCUGUGCUUUGUUUCACCUCUGUGAGCCCUGGAAAACAAGGACUCAUGAACCCCUUUGAAUAUAUGAUGGAAACACGGCACUUAGCUGACAGUUCUGGUCUGUUAGUGAAUAGUUAAGGGGUUCAUCAGUCUAGUUUUCUGGAGCUUUCCCUCCCAUACCUCUCCCAAACCUUCAGUCCCAAACCAGAACAUUUGGCAUUAGGCUGUCUGUGUAGAUUCAGUUCAGAAAAAUCAGUUUCUUUAGGGAUUUUACUACCAGAGCAAAUCCAAAUUAUGGUUUGGUUGCUGUACAGUUAUUUUGAGGGUUGUUGAAAUAGGUGAUACAAGGGAUAGAACCAAGUUUAUGAGUAAUGUUCUCCAAAAUAAAGUGCCCUUAAGAGGACAGCAUGCAUAGUCUCCCUGAUGUAAAAAUGUCAGCAAGGGAACGAAUGCAGCCACUUUGAUUGUUGACGAUGUUCAGUCUCGUCUUUGUUAACAUCAUUUGCACUUGGUGUCUCUCCUCAACAUUUGCUUACUCUCAGCUUGUAUCCCAUGACUUUCUAUCUUAUAUUAGGAUUGUUAUGCAAACUGUAGAGAGAUUAAACAAAAUGUCAUUGUGCUUUAUUCAGUUUUAACUGUUGGUGUAAAGUUUGACCAAAAUCCACAUGGCUUCUCUUUCCCUGGCUGGACAUCUUGCCCAGUUUUCUCGGCUCUAAUAACACCUGAUUUUGCACAUCUUCUCUCAGAGCCACAUUAGGUUGUCUUUUUUUCCACCACACCUUCAAAUACUGUUAUUUCCAUUAUUUUCACUUCUCUACAUACACAGCAGUCUGCACCUCAGCCAAGUUUAUGACUUUUUUUGUGUGUUGUACUCUGAUUCCUCUUUACUCUUUAAAUGUAAGAUUUUAUUCUUUCAGGGAGCACUCAUUUCUCUCAAAGAAGUUGUCAAUAUAAUGAAUACAGUUCAGAGUUCAAAGAAUAAAACUUCACUGGAUCGAUA